UUGGACAAAGAAGAAGGUUAUGCAUAUAGUGGCAAUCCUUCCUUUCUCUCUUUCUUUGUUCAUCAUUGACAUCACACAAACAUGGCCUCUGAAUCAAUCUUUGCUCCUCAAGCUGAACAGCCAGGUAGCAGUACAGGACCAUUAGAUCAGAUCGACGAUGUUCCAGCAAAUCCAUACCUAACUACGCCUUCUUUAUACAUACACGACCUUGAUGCAAAUAUCAGUGAUAAAGAAUUAGCAAGUGCUAUCUUUGCAGCAUGUUUGCCAGUUCGUUUGCAUAUCGAUCGAAAUGUCGAAGGCGAAGGUCAACGUCUAAAAGGAAGUGUUGAAUUCCAAACAUUGGAAAAAGCGGAAAGGGCUUUCGCUACCGUUCAAUCUCCACAGCUUUCCAUCAAUGAAGAUCCUUCUCAAGACCAAAAGCCAAGCGCAAAACCUCGAUUGAUCAAACAAUUACCUCAUGGAACGGAAGACUCAGAUGUUUUCGAUCUAUUUCGUCCUUUUGGUCCACUACAUAGCGCAACCCGCAUCGUCACAAACCCAGCAGGUCAUCACACAGGUUUCCGCGGAAUGGCUGUUGUCGUAUAUUAUGACGAAGAAGAUGCACAAAGGGCGCAAACUGAGAUGCAUUGUGCAGAAGUAGAUGGUAAGUCGAUCAGUGUCACAAUUGAUAAUGUGGCCAAGAGACCAAGUGCUCCACAAGGUACAAAUUUCAGCGCAUCUGCAGCACCAUUUGUUCCUGGCGGAGGAUCUUUCAGUUCGAUGAGCGCAGCUGCACCCUCUUUUCAACCGCCAAGAGGCUCUCCUUUGGGAUCACCUUUGGGAUCAUCUACGUUCAAUGUGCCCGGAACAAAUCUUCAAUAUUCUGGCUCUACAGGAUCAACUGUGGUUGACCCUUGCAAUCUCUUCUGCAAGAAUUUGGAUCCAGCAAUCGACUCCAAUGAACUCUUUUCACUUUUCAAGACAUUCGGAAAGAUCGUCUCAGCACGUGUGAUGCGAGAUGAAAAGGGCGUCAGUCGUGAAUUCGGAUUCGUCAGCUAUCGUCGUGCAGAAGAUGCAACCCGUGCUUUGAAUGCGAUGAACGGCACACAACAUGGAUCUAAAUCAAUGAUUGUUCGAUUACAUGAACCUAAAAGUUUCAGACAAGAGAAGCUUUCUCACAAAUUUGGAACUUCUUAUGUUCCUGAUUCACCCAAUGAUGUCGGAUCUGGUGGUGCACCAUCUGAUAUUAACGACAGCCCAUCAGGAAUUGGCGCAGACGGUGCUGAAGUGAAACAAAGACCGAUGAGCAAUAGCUAUUUCCGAGCAGCUGCUAGUGGAGAAGGUGAUGGUCUAGAUUUAGAACAGCUAAGAAGCGUUAAUGCUACUUUGCGAGGUGAUAUUCUUCGAGGAGGCUUUAGUCGCAAAGUCAAGGAGAUCGAUGACAUCUCACCCGACCAAGCUGAUGCUCUGAUUGCAGAGCUUAGCAAAUUGAAGCUGGUCGAUGCUGUUGGAGCUUUGAACGAUCGACAACAACUACAACAACGCAUUGCCGAGAUUCGCUCUUCACAAGGAGCAGCACCUGGCGGGUUGACAAUACCUACGACGAGCGACUCUGCAUCUAUCACUUCUUCACAUCUGCCCGCCGGAGCAAGUGAGAGAGAGCGACUUUUGGAGAAAGUCAAAGACCUCAUGCCUGCAGGAUCACCGGUUGAAGAUAUCACAGAUCUUUUGACAGGUCUACCGAAGAAAGAGAGAGCAAUGGCACUAUUUAACCAAGAUUAUCUACGUAACAAAGUGGAAGAAGCAAAGAGUAUCUUGGAGCUUGGCGAUGACGAUGAUGGCGAGCCUACCACGUCGCCGAUUGUCAAAACUGGAGAUGCUGCAAACGGAAACGGCAGUGCAACUUCAACAAAGACAUAUACCUUAUCCGAUCUUGCCAAAAUGCCUGCUGCCGAUAUUGUACGCCUUGCUGGAAAUCCGCAAUCAUCUGGUCUGCCCUUGCCUAAAGCUGAUCCUGCGAUCAUGAAAGAAACGGAUACGUUCAUUGACGGAUUAAAAAAUCUUUCCGAACAAGAUCAAAAGCAGAAAUUGGGAGAUCAGUUGUUCAAAAAGAUUCGUACUUUUGGAUUCAAAGGAGCGCCAAAGAUCACUAUCCAUCUUCUGGAUUCGGAAGAUUUACGAUCGCUUGCUCAUUUGAUGAAUUCAUACCCGGAAUGUUUGCGUGAAAAAGUUGCUUUGCAAGCUAGUAAAUAAAGAAUUGCUCAAUUUUAACAGAUACACACACAAUCAAAUCAAAAAUACCAUCAUCUGCUUCGAUUUAAUACUUUUGUCAAUCAUUUUUUGUUGAUUUCAUACUAAUACAUUCGUUUGACCGAGAUUGA